GCGUGAGAAGUAAACAUUCAACAAUAUAUGAUUUUAAACUCCAUUUCUCGCCAAAAAAGGUAGAAAUUUGUGGAACUCUUGUACAUUUGAAAUGUCUAAGGUAAAUGUAAAUCCACCCGAUCAGGAAAAAGCGCAAGAGAUGAUCGUACCCAAUGAAACUGGCGAACCUAAUGAUGUUAAAGACUUGACAGUAUUCGUGGAAACGCUGUUGCAACAAAUGCAAGAGAAGUUCCAGAACAUGUCUGAUCAAAUCAUUAACAGAAUUGAUGAAAUGGGAUCAAGAAUAGAUGAUCUUGAAAAGAAUAUUGGUGAGCUUAUGUCACAAGCCGGUGUUGAUGAGCCAGAAAAAUGACCUGAUAUUAAAGUAGGCGCUCAACAUUUUUUAUGUUAUAUGUAUUUAUGUAAAAUGUAGUCAGCAAGAAGGCUGGAUUGUGUGAAAAAAGUAGUCGUGGAUGUAGGAACUGGGAAGGUUUUAAAUUGAAAUGCAUAUAUAACUGCAUAAGUAAACAUUGAGAAGGCGUGUAAAAAUUUUCUUUAUCUUUAUUUCACACCAUAAUUUUAAAUUCACUCAUGCUAUAGACACAUAUGAUCUUGUUUGUAUAAAUUACAAUAAAAAUUAUUUUGUAACA